CUUCGCAUUACACUGCAAUGAAGUUUUGUUUGGGUCCUUUGUUAAAACCUACAAACUUUUUAUUUAUUUACAAACUUUAGUAACACUCUUCGAGUGGACUAUUGAAAGGCUCUUAAAAUGUAUUUUUAAUUUGGGCGUUUGAUAGAGCUUUCAAUGCUCCUUCCCAGAAAUGCAGCGGAAAACACUGCUUGUCUGUGCUUUUCUAAUAUGCAUCACGGAUUACUCUUCCGCGUCCUUUGUCAUCACCGUUGACCUCGGAAGACCGAUAGCACAACUGAAACACUUCUGGAGAAGCACAGGUUUCUGUCCUCCUCUCCCUCACACUCAGGCUCACCAAUAUGACCUGAGCAUUGACCAGCAACAGAACCUGGCCUACGUGGGCUCUGUCCCCCAUGGAGGGAUCCAGCAGAUUCGAAUACAUUGGAUGUUGGAACUGGUCACUGGACAAGAUAUUGGAGGACAACCCCAUUACAAUUUUACAAAACUGGACCAGCUGAUUAGUCUCUUAUGGAUUAAUGGACUCCAACCAGGAUUUGAACUGAUGGGCAGCGUCUCAAACUACUUCAACAACUUUGAAGACAAAGCUCAAGUAUUCAAAUGGAAAAAUCUGGUUUAUCUCAUAGCCAAGAGGUACAUUGACAGAUACGGUCUCGGAAGUGUUUCUCAGUGGAACUUUGAAACAUGGAACGAGCCCAACAACCACGACUUUGAUAAUGUCAGUAUGUCAAUUCAAGGAUUCCUAAAUUACUACGAUGCCUGUUCGGAGGGUCUGUGGGCUGCCAGCAACCUACUGAGGCUUGGAGGUCCAGGAGACUCCUGUCACUCGCCCCCACACUCACCUUACUGUUGGGCAAUGCUUCAACACUGCUACAAUGGCACCAACUACUUCACUGGAGAGACAGGGGUCCGGAUUGAUUACAUAGCUCUGCAUAAGAAGGGAGGAGGUUACUCCAUGCCCAUUCUUCAGCAGGAGAUUCAGACAAUGGAGGAGAUAAAUCAGCGUUUUCCUCUAUUCUCCAACCUGCCUGUGUACAAUGAUGAGGCUGAUCCACUGGUGGGCUGGUCCAGGCCUCAGGAAUGGAGAGCAGAUGUGACCUACGCUGCUAUGGCGGUCAAGGUGAUCAGCCAGCACCAGAAUCUGAAAAUAGCAAACAGCACCAUGAACUACACCCUUCUGAGCAAUGACAACGCCUUUCUCAGCUAUCACCCACACCCCUUCACUCAGCGUACACUGACCGCUCGCUUUCAAGUGAACAACACCCAGCCUCCUCACGUUCAGCUCAUCAGGAAGCCCAUCCUCACUGUCAUGGGCCUCCUGGCUCUUCUAGGUGAGACACAGGUCCUGACACAGGUUUUGAACUCCUUAGGAGCCAAUGACAGCACAGUGGGAGUUCUUGCAAGCAGUCACCAGCCCCAAUUUCCAUGGGGCCCAGACAGCUGGCAAGCGACUGUGCUGGUUUACAACAGUGACGACAACCGCACCUCCACCAACACUGAUGAUGUCACUGUGUCACUGAGAGGACUGGAGCCAUACACAGGUCUUGUGUAUGUCACCUAUCUUAUGGACAAUAAUGUCAGCAACCCAUAUCAUCAAUGGCAGAGCAUGGGAAGUCCCAGCUACCCCACAGUAGACCAGUUCAGACAGCUCAGGAACACCCAGGACCCUCUUGUUGACGGACCCUGGCUAGUGCCUGCAGGCGACACUCUGACUUUAAAGGCAAGACUGUGUGUUCCCUCCGUGCUCCUGAUACACAUAUGUGCACGUCCGAAAGCAGUUCCAAACCAGGUCAAUGGCUUACGCUUCAUCAAGAUCACCAAAGGUCAAGUCCUCAUUAUCUGGUCUGAUGGCUGUGUAGAUUCCAAGUGCAUUCUGACGUUUGAAGUGGAGUUCUCUGCAGGUCAAAAUGAGUUCAGCAGGAUUAAUAGCCACAACACAAUUUUUACAUCCUAUGUCUAUUCACCUGUGGACCAGGAAGUGUGCGGCUGGUACAGAGUUCGAGCUGUGGACUACUGGGGCAGGCCUGGCAUGUACUCGCUGCCUGAGAGGUACUCGGGGGAGAUUUAGACAUGGCUCACUUUUUGGAGACGUACAUAAAACAUCAAUUUUAUAAUGAAUUACGAAAAUAUUAAGAACCCUCAGUUCUUUUCUUGUCAUUGAAUGGACAUGGCUCACUUUUUGGAGACGUACAUUAAACAUCAAUUUUAUAAUGAAUAAUGAAAAUAUUAAGAACCUUUAGUUCUUUUCUUGUCAUUGAAUUGAUUUUGUGUUUUAAUAAACUAAAAAGCUUCUUUCAAGUAGAAUUCCAGACGCCAUUUUAAACAUACACAAGGACAACUGCAUGUUUCCUUACAAAAUUUAUUGCCACUUGUCCAGAAUGAAUAAACAAUACAGAUGUUGCCCAUCAACGUGACAAUGAUAAUGCUGUUUAGAAGGGGAUUUUUCUACAUUUAAAACAUUCAUUCUAGUCAGAGUAGAUAAAUAACUGGUAGUAGUAGAAUUGGCCUUGAAAUGCUGUAGCAUUUACACCUUGGCAAACAUGAAAUUAAUGCAUGGUCUGUCAUAAAACAGAAUUUUAGGUGUUACAGUUGAAUCUGGAGUGUUGACUUCCUCCCUGCUAUGAGCCUGGUUGGAGUUUAGCAAGCUCCUGAUAAAAUUGAAGAAGAGAAGCAAAA